AUGCUGGUUCAGGAUGUUUUCAUUAUUGGAGCUGCUCGAACUCCCAUUGGCUCAUUUCGAUCCCAACUAGCAGCUGUGUCUGCCCCUGAAUUGGGAAGUAUCGCAAUAAAAGCUGCUGUUGAGAGAAGCGGAGUGAACCUUGACAAUGUUCAAGAGGUGUAUAUGGGACAAGUCUGCCAGGCUAAUGUUGGUCAAGCACCUGCCCGGCAAGCUACGCUUGGUGCCGGUCUGAGCACUACGACGAUAGUAACAACAGUGAACAAGGUUUGCUCAUCAGGGCUCAAAGCGAUCAUGCUUGCUGCUCAGCAGAUUCAAACUGGAAGUCAGGACGUGAGGUGUUUUUUGAGCUUCAGUUUUUUUCCUGUUAUGAAAGUGUAUACAAAAGACUCUUCAAAUAGUACAUAGAA